UGAAUUUCUUAAUUCAGUCUUUGGAUUCCUCUGUUUUAUCCUCAGGUAUACAAAGUUUGGUGGUCCAAUUCCUCAGAGACCUGUUGAAGACUUGGCAUUUUCAGUGGCAAGGUUUAUACAGAAUAAUGGUUCCUUUAUUAAUUAUUAUAUGUACCAUGGAGGAACAAAUUUUGGACGGACUGCUGCUGGUCUCUUCAUUGCCACUAGCUAUGAUUAUGAUGCUCCAAUUGACGAAUAUGGAUUACAAAGGGAACCAAAAUGGGGACAUUUGAGAGAUUUGCAUAAAUCCAUCAAGCUAUGUGAACCGGCUUUAGUUUCUACAUAUCCUACAGUGACUUGGCCAGGCAAUAAUCUCCAGGUUCAUGUAUUUAACUCAAAGUCUGGUUGUGCUGCAUUCCUUGCAAACUAUGACACAAAAUCUUCAGUAAUAGUGACCUUCCAAAAUAUGCAAUAUGACCUCCCUCCUUGGUCCGUCAGCAUUCUCCUCGGUUGCAAGAAUGCGGUUUUCAACACCGCAAGGAUAAGCUCCCAAAGUUCAUAGAUAAAGAUGGUACCUGUAAUUAGUGGAGCAUUCUGGGAGUCAUACAUCGAAGAAACUGUCUCUGCCGAUGAUUCAGACACAGUUGCAAUGGAUGGACUAUGGGAGCAAAUAAACGUGACCAGAGAUGCCUCAGACUAUUUGUGGUACCUCACAGAGUGAGUGUUGUUGAGAGAGUUUUCAUUACAAAUUUACUAAUAACUCAUCACACACAAAUUGACUUUAACACACCACACACAUUGGUAAUUUUCAUCAUAAAAAUUGAUAACUGUCUUAUGAUGUGCAUCUUUUUUUUUGACAA